AUGGUUAUCAUCGCAGCUGCCAAAACCUACCCCCUCGUGACCCCCUUGGCACUGCUCUUGGUCCCAUGGAGUGUGAUGAGGUCUUUGCCCAGGAUCAUCAGCGAACUCCGGCUCCGCGUCAGGGAGCGCAUCGAGAUGCGAAACAAGCUCCGCCACUCAGACUACUUCGAGCAGCUCCUGCCCGUCGACAAGCCUGCGCCCACAAGCAAGAAGCAGGUCGGCUACAUGCUGACCGUCGCGGGCCAGCUGAUCCUCGGCGGGUACGAUCCGACCUCGGUGGCGAUUUAUGCGCUCUUCUUCUUCAUCUUGCAGCACUCGGAGGCUCUCGAGAAGCUCAAGAGCGAGAUAAGAGGCGCCUUUUCCUCCUGCGAGGAGAUUGACAGCGAGACGUUGAGGUCUCUGCCGUGGCUAAAUGCGUGUCUUUCGGAAACACUGCGGCUCAGCUCUGCUGCGGUGCACCACGCUCUCCCCAGGAUAAGUCCGGGGGCUGAAGUGAAUGGCGAAUAUAUCCCCAAAGGUGUCGUCGUCCGAUCGUCUGCCUUCACUUAUAACCGCAGCGCCCGGUUCUUCCAUGACCCCAGGACCUUCAGGCCAGAGCGAUGGCUGCCGCACGACCACCCGGACUACGAUGUCGCCUUUGCAGAGGACGACCACAGGGCCCAUUUCCCCUUUAUCGUGGGUCCUCGCCAGUGUCCCGGCAGAGAGGUGGCGAGGAUCAUGUUCAGACUGUUCAUCGCCAAGACGAUCUGGCUGUUCGACAUGGAGCAGGUGUCAGAAGAGCUCGAGUUUGAUGGCAGCUUCCGUGUGUACGGCAUGUGGGCCAAGCCUGAGCUUCGUGUCCGCUUCGUUUUCAUCAAGAGAGGCCCGGAGGAUUUGGGGUAG